AUGGAACAACAAGAGCAAGGUGAUCCACAUCCUCAUAAUCAAGAGAGGGUUGAACCUCCAGAAAAAAUCCAAGAGGUGGUAGAAAGCACCUACAAAGGAGAAUCAAGAGCAUUUGAGAAAGAUGCGGAGGAAUCUACCUUUAGCAUAAAUGAGGCAGCUAAUCUAAAAAAGAUGAUUGAACAUGUUCUGGAACAGAAGAAACUGGUUCCUAUUGAGGAAACACCACAAAGAAGCAAGGUUCUUUUCAUCAAGGAAAUCAUGGAGGACGCAAUUAUGUGCAUAGCAUUUCCGCUUACCUUAACUGAGCAUGCACGUAUAUGGUUUAAUAAUCUGAAAGAAGGAUCAAUUUCAAACUUCAAUCAGUUGAGGAAGGAAUUUAUAGAUGCGUUCCUCAUUAAUGCUAGAAGAAAGAAGGACGCUUCAUACCUUUUGACUAUUAAACAAGAUGAGAAAGAGAGCCUGAAGGACUAUGUUGAAAGAUUCCGUGCCGCUACCUUAGAAGUACAAGAUCUUCAAGCCACAGUAGCAGUAUCAGGAAUGCUUCAAGGAACAAGAUCAAGAGAUUUUCAAAAAUCUCUUUCCCUAGAUCAACCCCUUACUCUUGGAGAUCUAUUCAAUCGGGCUAAUAAGUUUAUCCUUUCAGAGGAUGUCAUGAGGCACAUCAAUACUGGAAACAGAGAUAAGAAAAGAAAAGAUAGAGAUGAAACAAAUUUUGAAGGGAGAAGGACUGGAAGAGGAAAUGAACACGGACAAAUUCCAAAACUCAAAUUUGAGAACUUCACACCAUUGAGCCAACCAUGUUCUACCAUCCUGGCAAGCAUAGAAGGAUCUGGGCUCCUUACCUUUCCUCCUAAGGCAAACAAGACAAUGGGCAAGUUUACAGACCCAUACUGUAGGUUUCACAAAACCCAUGGAUAUUCAACUGAUAGAUGCAGGGAACUGAUGAAUGAGAUUGAAUCGCUAGUACGCUAA